AUGUCUCUUCGAUCUCACCGCCGAUAUCGCUUUCUGGAUCCACCCAACUCUGUUCCAUAUUUCCAGAGAUGGCCAUCGAAGUCUCUAUUGUCCAUUGCAAGCCUAUCUUGCUUGCUCUGCCUGCGACAAGCCUUAUUGAGUUUUGGGUUGCAACCGACGGACAGAAUCGAUGAUUGGGGCUUGACGGUAGAGGCGGAAUCGAGUUUGGGUUUCAACCGCAGUCGUCGUCGUCAGUCGGACCUCACCACUGCAACAUUCAGAUCCCGGCGUCAAAAUCAACUAUCUCGAGGAUCGCCUCCACCCAUCACUGGUCGUCGUGACGACAAAGAGGAGUUUGACGCCUAUGAAUAG